CUUCUGAAAGCAGGAGCCGGGCUAGGAUGGGGCUGCUGGAAACCAGGAGGUGACAUCCCCAGGACUGCCGGCUUCCCCAGGACUGCCGGCUUCCCCAGGAGGACGAAGAUGUCUGUGGAAAAUUCCACAAAUUAUUGUGGAGGGAGCAGAAACUUCUGCCCGAAGCAUGGGCCUGAGAGCUGCUUUAAAACUCUCAGCUCAGUACCAGCGAUUGCUUUGAGCUGAUGAUCUUGAUGACCUCUGGAGUAAUUUGAUGCAUAGGGGCUCUAUAACUUAAACGUCCUCCCCGCUGUGGCAGAGCGGUGCUCCGGUCCAGCUGUAUUAGGUGCUGCAGAGCUACGAAGGAGAGACGUGGCUCGUUCUCCCAGCGAGAUCAGGACCUGCACCCGGGCAGAACUUCUGCCCUGUUUGGGGUGAUGGUGGUGGCUGUUUUUUGUCUUCAGGAUACUUGGAGUAUAUCAAGGUGCUUGGGCAAGAGCAGACUCCCAAGCGGGCGGGGAGAGGGUCUGUUUGUUUUAAUGGAGUGGGGGGCCGCUGUUUGCCAUGGUGUGCCCAGAGCUCUGCUGGCGAUGUGGCAGAAGCUGUGCUGGGGACCUGUCCAAGGGACAUGCCUCCCCCUUGUGAGACCCAGCAGCUGUUUUGACACAGGCUAAAGGAGUGUGGCUUCUGUUCUAUUGUAAAUGGCCAAACAACCUGCCACAUAGCUAUGUCUUGUCUUGAGCCAAACUGAUCGCUGUCCAUGUAGCUUGUCAUAGGAGUUUUCAUAUGCUAUAUAAGUAUCUUUAAAGUUGCUUCUUGGCCUAAUCUCUGCACAAGGUUGAGCCUGCUGGGUUUGGAAGUGUUGGCUCUCCCCCUUAAUUCCGAAACUCCAGAGAGAUCCGAAUCUGCUUUUAAAUGGGGGCCUCAUCCAUUUUAUGGGAAGCCCAGAAACCAGUGAUCAAGACUCGCUGUAUGUCUCUGAGUACUUCUCUCAGAGCGCACAGAAGCUGUCCUUCUACAGCUGGUAUGGGAAUGCCAAGCUCUUCCACUUCCACGUGCCAGAAGACACUGUGCUGCUUCGCUGGCUCCUGCAAGCAUCCAGGGGGAAAGGACCUGAGUGUACCAGCAUGGAGGUCACAGUGCACUUUCGCUAUGGAGCCCCACCUGUCAUUAAUCCACUGAGCACUCGUUUUCCUGCCAAUGCAACCGUCCGUCCUUCCUAUAACAUAAGCAUGACUCUGAGCAGUGCUGUGCAGAACAACACCUUCGUGAACAUUACCGCUCCUGCUGCAGGAGACUGGUUCAUCGCUGCGCAUCUCCCUGAGGCUGCUGGCAGAAUUGAAGUGAAGGGUUUCUCCACCCCAUGCACCUAUAUGUUUCAGCCAGAUAUGUUUGUGCUUAGACUCAUUGAUAUGCCUGUUCUGGAGCCUGGUGUUGCCAUGCCACAAACCGUCGUCUCACCUGCUAAACCACUGCAUGUCAAGGUCUUUGUUCCCAAGUACACCGCCAGGAUGUGGUUUGAGCUGCGGAGCUGCGUGACAAGUGAGCAGAAAGUAGGCACUGUGCGGGUAGUGCUGGGCUCAAUCACACUGCCACAGUCUUUCCAGAGGAUCCUUACCUGCACAGGGAAUGUAAACUGCAGCCUGGGCCUGGAUUCACCCCCCUGGGAGAAGUGGCUGCAGAUCAUGGUGGAGAACCUUGGCACUGCCAAUGCCGAUGCAUCUGUGGAGAUGGUGGCUUCUUUCACAGCUUGCAGACCGGGAAGUACCAGCUCAUUCCUCAACUUCAGCAGUCUGAACCAGACCCAGACUGGUCCCAGACCAGGUAAAACAGGAACAGCAGGGAGCCCCGCUCUGCCCGCAGGAGAGGCUUCACGCAACACAUCCAACCAGAGGAGUUUCUGUCUCCAGAAUCAGCCUGUCGUUCGUGAGGACCUGGACGUUGUGUCUGUGCGAUACAGGCUCUUGAAUGGUCCCAGCGUGCCUGUGUACUCCAUCUUCCCCACCCUCCUCCUCCUCGGUUUGAAUACUGGCAUGGACAGCGGAGGUUCCCUUGUGGUGAAUCUCCUGCUUAACAAGACGUCUCUGAGCCUGGCCAAUGCCACUGUGUUAGCGUGUGUGAGCGCUGCUUCACCAGUGCUGUCCCUCAAUACCACGCAGAACUGCAGCACAGCUUUUUUCCAGGGUUACCCUCUGAGCGUGAGCUCGUCCUCCUCGGAAGCGAUGCUGAUCGUUCUUUACCCAGAGACCAAUGACUGGUUCCUUUCUCUGCAGCUUAUCUGCCCAAAGGGCCAGGGUGAAUGUAACAACGCAGAAGCCAAAGUGACCAUCUUAGCAUACCUCACCCCCUGCUUCAAUGACUGUGGGCUAUAUGGACAGUGCAGUCUUCUGAGAAGACAUGGCUACCUCUAUGCUGGCUGCAGCUGUAAAGCUGGUUGGAGUGGGUGGAGCUGCACGGAUGAUACCAAGGCCCAGUCUGUCAGUGUGCAAAACCUGGCCACCCUUCUGCUCACACUGAGUAACCUUAUGUUCCUGCCAGCAAUCAUGGUUGCUGUCUAUCGCUACUGCCUGGUGGAGGCCUCCGUCUACACCUACACCAUGUUCUUCUCCACGUUCUACCAUGCGUGUGACCAGCCGGGCGUUGCUGUGUUGUGCAUUAUGGACUAUGACACACUACAGUACUGUGACUUCUUGGGUUCCGUGGUGUCCAUCUGGGUGACGAUCCUGUGCAUGUCCCGGGUGAAGAAGAUUCUGAAAUACGUCCUUUUCAUCUUGGGGACUCUCUUCAUUGCCAUGUCUCUGCAGCUGGACCGCAGAGGAGUGUGGAACAUGAUGGGUCCCUGCCUCUUUGCCCUCAUCAUCAUGAUUGCAGCGUGGGUUUACCAUGGAGUGAAGCGCAGACACUGCUACCCCUCCUCGUGGAAGCGCUGGGUUUUCUACCUCCUACCAGGGAUCACCUUGGCUUUCAUCGCCAUCUCAGUAUAUGCAUUCAUGGAAACCAAUGAAAACUAUUACUACACCCACAGCAUUUGGCAUAUGCUGGUGGCCAGCAGUGUCGCCUUCCUGCUCCCACCUCGGGACAAGCAUAAGAAGCCCUGGGCCUGGUCACAGAAGCUCACCUGCCGCUAUCAGAUCUGCCAGAACGACCGCGAGGAGCUGUAUGCUGUGACCUGAGCUGCUUGGCUCCAGGUCACAGAGACGAAGGGUUAGUCAGGUUGCUCUUUGCCUGACCAGCCUGGGCUGCCCCUCCGUCGCACUUUGGCAAUCCUGUCACAUGCUCGUUCACUGGCCAGGACAGUGCAGUAGCUGGACUUGGAUUUAAAGAGGCAGAAGGUGGGCUUGUCUUAUGAAGACAAGUUGGAGCUCUCUGCUUUUCUGCUGAGACUGAACAGGCUCUUCAUGGUUCUAAAUGAAGGAAUGGUCUGUCCCCCACCUCUCCUGUGGCCCUGGGGGGACUUGCCACCCCUUCUUCCCCUCGUGCUGUGUCUGCGAGGCUGAGGCAUGGCCUGCUCUGCGCUGGAGCCAGGACUUUGGCCGUUGGGCUCUUCCCUGCACCUGCUCUCCUGGCAGAGGGCUGUGGGACAGGGAUUUCUCCUGCUGUCCUUCUCUCAGAAUUUGCUUUGCUAAGGGAACAGGUUUCCCCUGUGCCUGACCUGGAGGCAAAUGCUGCCGAGUACCCUUGGUGCUGAUGGGGAUGGGUGGGAGCUGGUUUCAGUAUGCACUGAAAACAUUGCUGUCUCCGAUGUGAGACUGGAGCCUCUCCUGAAACAGGUGGUGCUGCUCUUACCUAGCCCUGAUUCUGGAGGGGAUUCAUAAGGCUGGGACUUGGGCCUGGAUUCAGGAUCAGACUUGAUAGGAAUGUGGGGGUGGGGGGGGAUGAAGCAUGGGCAUGUGCAAGAGGCAUUGGCAGCAUCUGUCCCAGACCUGCAAAAUAUGCAGCAGUGCAGGGUUUAAAUUAAGUUUUAUUUCGGCCCUCUUAGCUCAUCUGGAGGGAACCAGGCUGCUGCCCUGUGCCCCUUUUCUUGAUGUUCAGGUACUCGUUGUCUUCCUUCCUUCCCUGGCUUAGGCAAAUGUGCAGCUCUGCCGCAGCAACGUAGGUGGCAAAAUCGCUCAGGACUCCAGCCAGGUUGAUAAUGUGCUGCGGCACUUCUCUUGCAAGGGAAGUGGAUAAAGCUGCCCCUGACUCCUGCCUCUUUGGACAGCAGCAGCUCGCUGUAUGCCCACGUUUGGCGGAGAUCAGGCUGGGCAGACUUGGAAUCUGGGGCCCUGGAGCAGCUCUGGCCUCAAGGCAUGCAACAAAUCUUGCAAUAGUCUGAACACGGCGUGGUCUUACAGUGGAUUUGUUAAUGUGCGCUUCAAACCUGUGCUUCACCCCAGCAUAUCCCCUGUGCUUUGCAUCCAGCAUCACAUCCAAGCUGUGCGUCCGCUGCUCUCAAGCUGCUGUGGCUCACAGGCAUGGGAUCUCUGUGCUCCCUGCUUGUUCCACGCUGACUGUGAAGCUGGUGCCUGGCACAGCCGAAGGUCUGUGGUGAGAUGAGCACUGUGGAUGCAUGCAACGGCGAACGUGGGGCUGCUGGACACACCCACACCUGGCAGUGGGGAAUUCUGUGUGGUUAGGCUGACUUGAAGGAUUUAGAGCAAGUGCCUGUUGCCGUGUCUGUGACUCUUUUGGGAAGGAUUGUUUGCAAGCUCUUCCUGAUCCUCCAUGCUUAUGUGGGUGAAGUCCGAGCAGACCACCCUGCAGGGCCCAGGAAGGAGGGGGAAUCUCUAUAGACCAUGACGAACCAGUGUCUAAACGAACGUGAGUGCCUUGCAUGGAGGCUGGAUGUGCUGUGGAUUUGGGGCUGAUCUCAGGCCAUUGCAGUGUCCCAGUCAAGCAAAGAGCAUCUCCACUGGCUCCUGAGGUAGCUCUAGUCUCCUUUGGGGCAUCUGUCUCACCUUGGCCUUACUGGAGGGCGCACAGACAUACAUGAUGCUGUAUGCAAAGCACAGGGAAUGCACUUGGGAUAGUAGUCUUUGCCCAUCCUCAUUAUAUAGAUAAGGGCUCAAAUGCAUUGCUCCUUGCUUGUUUAUUCUGGCUGUGGUGGGUAGUCGAGGGAGGACAGCUUAGGCCUGGAGGAAGCUCUCCUUGCUAGGCCAGAGCUGAGAUGCUGGUGUCCUACCUCCAGCUGUAUCCUCCCGUUACAGCUCUCAGCCUGACUCUCAUUGCAGGCUGACUCAUUUCCACAUAACCGUGACCCCAGUCAUUGCUGCAGAGCCUCCUACUUUGGGAUCAGAAACUUGGUAGCAAAUACUGCAUGUGUGUCUUCUGGCUAUGAGAGUAAAAGCCAGGGUUUGCACCUUUAGCUGCGAGGGGAGUGUUUUGGAUGUGAAUAACAGUGCUUAAUCUCUUUCCUUGGGGAGAGUGACUGUUCACCCCAGCAAAGCGCAGUAUAUUGCUCGUAUACAGUCUAGCCUGUGCUGCUGCUAGCUUGUCCGUGGAGCCCCUGCUCAGAUUGCUUUUGGGAGGAAAGAGCUAUUAAUGAAGGAGAUGCCUCCUAGUUUAUAGGAAAUGGACUUACUUCUCUGCUUUGAAAAAUGUCCAGCAUUCUGCUCCGCUCUGCGCUUUAACCUUGUCUUGCAGUUAAUCCAACCUCUGCCUAAUUUGAAGUUUUCCUCAAACUACAGGCUGCAGGCACUCAGGGCCGUGUCUUCUCUGUCUCCCUCUGCUUCCUCUACGCACCCGUGUUUUGGUUUUUUUUAAUUGGAUGCAAGAGGAGCGAACGGCACUUGCUUGCACCCAGCCGAAGGCUCGUUCCCUUGUGUAUCUGUCACUGUGAGGCACGGCGCGAUGCCAGGAAGGGGUGGCGGCAGCUCGCGCCUCCGUUGUUCCCCGCAGUGCGGAGACGGGGGGUUUAUACGGAGAUGGUGUCUUGUCACCCGGUGGCUUUUUCCACUGGGUUUCGUUUUGCUGCUAGUGGUCGAGGGCCGUGACUCCGGCGGCGCGGCUCGCCCCGGUUGGGUUUGGACCACGGGAGGGGUGGACGUGGCGCACUCUGGGAUUCCUUGAACUUUUAUCACUUUUAGGCACUUUUCCCCGUUGGGUUUGAACCAAGCACUUUGGCCUUUGGCGGAUGACAGUAAAACACUCGCAACGGUGUCGUCCACGCCGUGCUGCAGUUAGAGCCAGGGUGCUGCGUAUCGACUAACUAAAGCAAUAAUUAGUCCUCAGGCCUUUUCCCAUCCGGUUUUCAAUACUGUGAAGCAGACGAAGCUUUGGGAUAAUACAUCCCUAUAACUUGACUAUUUCUGUUUGUUUAAAUUCUGCUUUUAAUUCCCCAUGCUACGAUUGGACAUAAUUUUAGCGGGGGAGGGGGGGAGAUUUUUGUGAAUUACUGCAGGUUAAAAUCGGAGCAAAUGCCAGCGUCCUAAAAAGGGUUUGUUUUUCUUUGCUGUUAAUACUUUGUGAUUAUUUUAUACAGUCAAUUUUAAAGCUUACGAUUUUAUAAUUUAAUAAAUGUAAUAGUAUUUAAGGGCAAGCUCAGAUUGUGCUCUUAGGGUGCUUGGAUUUUAUUUUUAUAGAGUCAGGGCCCAGAAAGCAAAUAAAAAGCUAACGCAG